ACCCCAUCUUCAUCUUCUCUUCACCAUCACCAUCGUCGUAGCCAUCAAUGGCGACCAUCCCCUUCUUUUCAAGCCUCAUCUUCGUCCUCACCUUCUCCUCUGUUCUAGUCCUUAGUGGAGCUGAUGCGACCUUGACAACAGCCCCCAGACGCACCACGCGUGUGAGCUCAGCUCUUGCAAUCACCCAAUAUAUCAGCUCUCACAAUGCAGUUAGGGCAAAGCACAACCUCCCUGCUCUCCAAUGGAACACGUCCCUAGCGAACUUCGCCAAGUGGUACGCAAACCAGCGGAGAGGGGACUGCGCGCUCAUUCACUCGACCAGUGAUUACGGCGAGAACAUAUUCUGGGGACAGGGCAAGCGUUGGACGCCAAAAGACGCUGUUGCCGCGUGGGCCGCUGUAGAAGCUUACUUUAAUUAUAACUCCAACACAUGCAUGGCGGGCAAAGAUUGUUCGCACUACACGCAGCUCGUGUGGAGGACGACACAGAAGGUCGGGUGCGCUCAGAUCGUGUGCAAUUCUGGUGACACUUUCAUUACUUGCGAGUAUUCGCCUCACGGCAAUGUGAUUGGAGAGAGGCCUUACUGA